AUGGGCACGGCAGCAGCCGGUGCGGCGAUCAGCCCCCGAUCAAAAGGAGCUUUUCAAGAUGAGGAGGAGCUCGUGGAAGGCACCGAAUCCUCGGCUCCUGUUUCGGAGCGGCUUCUCUGGCUCUACCUCUUCGCAUUCUGGUCCCAGUUCAAGCCCUCUGAGCCUUUCCUGGUGGAUUAUUUGGUGGAGGAGAAGGGAAUCAACAGUCAACAGGUCUACCAAAGUGUCUUCGACCUGUUCGUUUACACCCGCCUGCCGUUUGUUGCACUGGUGGGGCUCAUCGCUGAAAUGAACUGCUUCGGAUGUCGGGCCGUUCUCGUGCUCGGAGCCAUUUGUGGCGUGUUUACGGUGCCCACCCAAGGAACCCAGGAGUUGGAGUGA